GGCAGUUUAGAGUAAAUUUAUAGAUAGAAAAUUUUUUUUACUUAUUCUUUAAGGAAGUUAAAAACAUUUAAAAGUUACAAGCCAGAGGGACAGACACUUCCUGAAAUUUAAAAUAGAUGUUAACCCAAUGUAUAUUUGUAUUUCCAACAAACAUUAGGUCACAAUUACCAAGGUGGUAAAUGAAUAUAUGUGUAAUCUUUAGAAAGACUUGUAUAGCAUAUAUAUUAUUUUUACAAUAGUACCCUAGUGACAAAACUCAUCCAUCUUGUUUUUUUUAAUAGCUUGAAAAUGAACAAUGACACAGUAACAGAAUUCAUCCUUCUUGGCCUUUCAAAUGAUCCAGUAACCCAAAUCUUUCUUUUUGUGGUUUUCACAACUGUUUAUAUUCUAAUCUUGCUUGGAAACACUCUCAUAAUGUUUUUAACUAUAACAGACAGAUGUCUCCAUACACCGAUGUAUUUUUUUCUUUUUAAUCUAUCUUUACUGGACAUUUUGUAUUCUACAUCAAGUCUUCCUCGCAUGUUAAAGGAUUUACUUUCAUUGCAUAAAUCUAUUUCAUAUGGAGAAUGUGCAGCCCAAAUGUUGUUUUCCCUUUCAUUUGGGAUAAGUGAAUGCAUUCUACUUGCAGUCAUGGCUUAUGAUCGCUAUAUAGCUAUAUGCUACCCCUUACAUUAUACCAGUAUUAUCAAAAAGUCUUUUUGUAUUAAGAUAGUUAUGAGUAUUUAUAUCUGUGUUUUUUUGCUAUCAAUUUCUGAUGUUGCACUUACAUUUAAUUUAAAUUUCUGUGGACAUAACAAAAUAAACCAUUUUUUAUGUGAAGUGCCAGAAAUCCUUUCUUUAGGAUGUGAAAAUAUAUUAGUUCUUGAAUUUGUGAUAUAUUUAAGUGCCGUUGUGAUAUUAUUGACACCAGUAACUUUCAUUGUUAUUUCUUAUGUAAGAAUUAUCGUAACAAUCCGAAAUCUUGCUUCUGGUGCUGGAAAACAAAAGGUAUUCUCUACCUGCAGCUCUCACAUUAUUGUGGUUACAAUAUUUUAUGGCUCAGCUAUAGCUGCAUAUAUGAAACCAAAAUCAAGUUCCAUAACUGACAAUGACAAAAUGAUUGCAUUAUUUUACUUGUUUCUAACACCAUUGUUAAAUCCCUUUAUAUAUACGAUCAGAAAUAAAGAUGUUAAAGAGUCUCUAAAAAAGUUAGCUAGAUCCAUGUGA